UUGCGCAUGCUCAGUUGCGCCUUUAAGGCGCGGAGUGGCGAGGACCCAGCAACAAGCUUUUCUCUAGCCCCGCCUCUCUCUGACCCCACUGCUCUAACCUCUCCUCCCGGUGACGUUUACAUCCUGCUUCCUGGGCGCCUAGCAACUGGAGCGGCCUCCGGGAUUGGUCCCCAGGAGAAAUUCGCCAUUCUCAUUGGACAAUGCGAUCACCGCCCAAACUGAAGCCUAAACACAAGACAGCCAACCUGAGUUGGAUUUUCGCGGGGAGCCUAAUCGGCUCCCUUGGCUACACGCACACACACACGCACACACAGCUUAGAGUACUCCCACCCACGCCUCAGUUCCCCAAUGUGACCUGUGAGCAUCUGUCUCCUGCCACGCCCACGCUAGCCGCGGACAGGCACCCCUCUGCUCGGUCCGCAACAGACCCAGGCGUGCAGCCCUGGGCGGGGUCGGCGCCAGAGAAAGCCCGGACAUAAAGAAGGGAGCAUGAGCCAAGUGCUAGAAGGAAAAGGGAAGGAGGACAAGUCGCCUGGGUCCUGCAGAACAAGCAUGGACAUGCUGGGCACUCCCAGGUGGGGCCCCACCCAUGCUAGGUGCCUCCUUGGGAAGGUGAAGGUGGGUCUGGACCCGCCCCUCCUCAGCUUCCUAUAAGGGCUGGGGACACGGGACUACAGGUUCACACACCAUGAGGACCUCUGCUGGACCCAGGGCCUUCCUGCUGACCUUCACGCUGCUCUGCACCCUUCUGGGUCUCGGAUGCCCACUAAGCUGUGAGGUGUGCAAGGGCCCUGGGCCCACGUGCAACGGAAAAAUGAAGACAUGCGAGGAUGGCAAGGACGCGUGCGUAGUCGUCGUGGGGGAGUCGAGCACAAAGGGACGUCAGUCGGUGAACACCUACAAGGCCUGCAUGAAGUUCAAAGACUGCUACUCCGGCUUCGUGUCCACCACCGUGGGCCCCAAGGACUACAUGGUUUCCAAUGCAUACUGCUGCCAGAGCGAUGGCUGCAACCAAGGCUCCAUACCCUCUCCCCAAAACAAUCGAACCGAGAAUGGCCUCCAGUGCCCAGCCUGCAUUGCGCCCUUCCAGGAGACUUGUCCUGGGACCCAGGCAGCCCGCUGUGUUGGCCAGGAGACCCACUGCAUCUACUUUGCUGGCAAUGUGCAGGCUGGAAUCAUCAACACCAAAUUUGCUACUCGGGGCUGUGCUACAGAGAGUGCGUGCUACACCAAGGCUGAGUCUGAGGUGCCCUCAGCCUCCUAUCUCUACUUCCUCCACCGAGCAGACUGCCUUCCAGCACCCCAGCCUCCUGGCAGGGCUGAGUGAAGAACUGAGGAAUAGGUGGCUUGAGGCCGCCAUUUGUUCCCAGCCUGCAGUUCCCCCAUGUGCCUGUAAAUUAAAAUGUUAGCAGAGCAAGGCUCGAUUCUUUGUGAUGUGACCAAGAAUAGAAAAAUAGGCCUCUCAGCCCUUGGGUACUCUCCCUUUGUGAGGAAGAGAGAGAAGGCUGUGCCUUUUAUUAACCAGUUAUUCCCUGCCGGGCCCCUCUGCUGAGCUUUCAUUCUCACAAUAACUGUAUGAAGUUGACAUUAACCCCAUUUGACAGAUUAACAAACUGUGGUACAGACUGUGGAAGUCACUUGCCCUGGGUCAAACAGCUAGGGAGAGUCAGAGGCCUAAUCUGCACCCAACUCUGUCAGACUCCAGAGUCCAUAGUCACCUCUGCUGAUUAACUUCUCCCUCUUUUUGCCUCAGGUUUCAUGUCUGCAAAAUGUGGAUAUUUAAUAGUGACAACCUCACAGGAUGGUUGUAAGAGUCAAAUGAAAGAAAACUUAAAAAGCACUUAGUGCAGUGCCUAGCACCUUUAAAACAAUGUAGGCUUUAGAGAUGGUAUGUCUGAGUAAAUAAUAAUCAUCCUAAAAGCUGCCACUUACCAAGUGGCAAUUAGUUGUCAGGUGGUAAACAUUGGCACCAUUCAGGACAGACUAGAUUAUACAAUGGCAACAAAUAAGCCCCUAAUCUCCAUGGUUUAAGAUAACAUGUAUUAGGGAACUAAUGCUGCAAUAAUGCUGUGUAACAAACCAUUCCAAAACAGAGACAUAUAACAAGCCUUUUUCUUUGUAUGGGUUUGUGGGUGUAAAAAUGGUGACGUGGGGACAGUGUCAGGCCUCCUUGUCUAACUUCACAGGGGGUAAGGAGAAUCAAGAUCAACAGCCCAAGGCUGAUUCCUAUGAGGCGUAGGUCAGAAAAACCUCCUCUCUCCAAGCUUUUUACCAAUUCUGACACCAGCUGUCCCUCCUACAAUGCUCUCUACUUCUGCUGGGUUUGAUAAUUCAUAGCAAUGGUCACAUAGAACUCACAGACCGUAUUCAGUUAUGGGGCUUAUUAGGGAAGUAACAGGUUACAUACAAUUCAGGGUCAGAAACAACUCAGGAUACAGUUCUUUGGUCAAGACAGCCUCUCGGCAGGUCUCUCCUGGCCUUUGGCUUCUCCAUCCUCUUGGGCUGACCCAGCCUUGGCCCUCUGCCCUGCACAGGCAAGCGUUGCAAAGCUCUUUAGCUCUAGGGAUAAGCACCAAGAGGCAUCCCACUCCACCAGCAAGCCUCCUGCCAGAAGGUGCCCAACUCUUUUGCUCCAUGGGUUGGCCAGCCUAGCUCCACCAAGUGCUUGGAGGCACACCACUCUGCCAGUAAGCCUCCUGCCUGAAGGUACUCAGCUUUCUCGCUCCUGGGUCAGUAGGCACACCUUUGUAGCCACCUCACUCCGAGAGCAGGAAAGCCCACUGCAUUGUCUCAUGCUGGUCUCCUGGUCCUGCUGCCAUAGUUUCUCUGCGGCCACUUCUCACCAUCUCGUGUUACAGCUCUCUGUCUUCUGGGUCUAGGAGGUUCUCAGGGCAGGGUCCCCAGGUCCAAAGGAUGUGUUCCACUCUUGGCUCUUUCUUGGUGGCAGUGAGAUCCCCCUCUGCUCUGGGAUUGGCUCUUUUUUAAGCCUAGUGGGAUGGCAAAACUGACCAGUCCCCUCAUUAAGGUUUCAUGCAUCUUAUUUGCAUGGUCCCACUCCCACAGGGGUUCCAUGCACCCUAUUUGCAUUAUUAUAGAGUAAGGAAAAGGCAAUCUUUCAUGAAUGGGCACGUGUUUAAAAAAAUCCAUUCCUCUUCCCUCACCACCCCUGCGCCC